CGUUCAAACUCCGUACAGACAGCACCCGUCCUCAGGAUCGAACCCGUGUCUCCAUCGCUGCAUUCGCUGUAAGGCAGCAACUCUACCGCGGCGCCGCCGUGACGGUCCAUGUGACCGCCCAUAUUCAGCAGCUCCACGUCAGUGAAAACAUUUUGAACCAGGAAGUGGAGAUAAAAUGGCUGCGAAAGACACGGUCGAGAGUUUGACCGAGGAGGCAGUUUGUCCCAUCUGCCUGGAUUUCUUCACCGAUCCGGUUACACUGGAGUGUGGGCACAACUUCUGCCGCUCCUGUAUCACACAGAGUUGGGACAGGGAGGGGAAAAACUCCUGCCCGGAAUGUAGAGAGGAAUUUACAGACCGCACCCUCAGGGUGAAUCGGGCCUUGGUUAGACUGUCUGAGAAAGCUCGAACACUGAGCCUGAAUCAGACAGAGAAGGAAAGUAAACUUCAGUGCGAGAAACAUCAGGAAGAACUGAAGCUGUUUUGUGAAACGGACAAGAAGCUGAUCUGUGUGAUCUGUCGAGAUGCGCGGGAACACAAGUCUCACAACUUCAGACCGAUAGAUGAAGCUGUUGAAAUCUACAAGGAUCAGGUGAAAUCUUCCUUCCAAUCGCUCACAAAAAAGAAAUCCGAGAUCGAGCAAAUGGAGCAGCAACAGAAAGAGAAGAUUUCUGUUGUUCUGGAACAGUCACACAACCUUCAGUCACAGAUCACAUCCCAGUUUGCUGAACUGCACCAGAUUUUCACUGAGAAAGAGCGGCGUGUACUCGCAGAUAUCCGGGAAGAAGAGGAGAAAAUUCGGAACGCAAUGGAGAAAAGGCUUCAAGAGAUUCAAGCAAAUUUAAAUUCCAUCCAAAAGGAACUCUCAACGUUGCAGGAACAGAUGGAUCAAAAAGACAACGGGAUAUUUCUGAAGGAGGCAGCUGGUCGGAGAAGGAGGGUCAGUGAUGAAGUUCGUACAUUGUCAGUGACAGAUGGUGCCUUGCCGAUUGAAAAGAUUCAUCACCACUUUGUGUUGAACACGUUGUGGAGAGAAACCUGUGCCAUCCAGCCAGUCUCCGUCACCCUGGAUGUGGAAACAGCGCAUGCGCGGCUCGAGGUGUCUGAGGAUCGGAAGAGGGUGAGAUGGACCGGGACCGUGAGGAGUCUCCCUGACACCGGGAAGAGGUUUACAGGCUGGGCGUGUGUGCUGGGAUCGGAGGGAUUCACAUCGGGGAGACAUUACUGGGAGGUGGAGGUGGCGGGGAGUCGGUACUGGAGUCUGGGAGUCGCCGCAGAGUCUGUGGAGAGGAAGGGAUGGGUCACACCGACCCCGGAGACUGGAGUCUGGAAUCGGGCGUGGGAUGACGAGUUUGAUGCAUUCACCUCCCCUCCAUCCCCUCUCCCCGCCCGUCCCAUCCCCGGGAGGGUGGGAGUUUAUCUCAGUUACGAGUCCGGGACAGUUUCAUUUUACGACGCGGACACCAAGUCCCAUCUCCACACCUUCACUGGGAAUAAAUUCACGGAGAAACUUUAUCCUUUCUUUGGCCUUGGGAUGAAAACCAGUGGCUGAGAAUCUGCUCCGGUUCCGCUCCGGGUGUGUAAAAGGGUCGGGUCCCGGGACCGGCGUCAGGAGCGGGGCUCAGGGGCUGUGGGGCAGAAACCCGGUGGACAACAGGUCGGCGCUGAACGAACGGCUCCCAUUUAAUCCCCAAAUUCCGCGUCGUGAAACAAACCCCAGUGAGCGCGGAAAUAAAACCAGGGGGAAUGUAAAUGUGGGAAGAGUGAAAUAAACAGCAACUGAAAUCA